AUGUCUCAAUCAUCGAUUUAUAAACGACGUAAUACUAAAUGGCAAAAAAAAUCAUUAAUUACAUACGAUUGUCCUAUUUGUGUAACAACAAAUACACGUCAACUUCUUGAAUUACCAUGUGGUCAUAAUUUAUGUUUGUCAUGUCUUCACAUGAUAUGUGCUCAUUCAACAUUGGCCUGUCCAUUUUGUCGUUGUCGUCUUUCAACAUGGCUUCGUCGUAAUCCUGAUUAUUCGAAAUUAAUUAUUAAACGACAACCAACAACAAAAGCUGAAAAGAAAUAUAUUGUUAAACAACAAAAACAACAACAACAACAAAAACAAAAACAACAACAAGAACAACAACACCAACAAGAACAACAACGCCAACAAGAACAGCAACACCAGCAAGAACAGCAACACCAACAAGAACAACAACACCAACAAGAACAACAACACCAACAAGAACAACAACACCAACAAGAACAACAAGAACAACGACAACAACAAUCAAAACGUCCUUAUCAAUCAUCAAAAAUAAAACCAACAUUUGAUGAACAAGGUAAUAUAUCUGAUGAUUGGUUAUUAGCUCAUAAAAUUCAUCAUGAACAACUUGAAGAAUUUCGAUAUACUUAUGGUCGAAUAACUCGAUCAAUGGCAAAAAAAAUGAAAACAUAA